UACAACCCAGAAACAAACCGCUGGACCCCCAUCGCUCCCAUGAAGAAGCGUAGGAGCAGGGCCGGAGCUGCUGCACUAGAGGGCAAGUUAUAUGUGUGUGGAGGACAUGAUGGACAGAGCUCUUUGGACUCAGUGGAGAUUUUCAAUCCAGACCUAAAUCAGUGGACCUCCAUCUGCAGUAUGAGGGUCGCGCGCUGCAAAUUGGGCAUGGUGGCCUUCAAUGGACGCAUCUUUGCUGUGGGCGGCAAGCUUGGGCACCUGCAGAACAGUACCUUGAAAAGCGUUGAGUCUUUUGAUCCCAAGGAAGACGAGUGGUGUCCCUCGAUGUCUAUGCAGAGCGAGAGGAGCAGUUUCGGGAUCGCUGUGCUCGAAAAUGAGGUGCUGGUGGUUGGAGGUCUGAAUUGGUCCAAAGGGCUGAUGGAGGCUGAGAUCUUACCUGAGAGCGGAUUCUGGCACCAGGUCGCAGCUCUGGACCCAAGUUUGUUUGGGAUGAGCUGCUGUACUGUGUUGGAGAUGUACUUUUACACGGCUGCGCUGUUUCCUCGAGGCCCAAUCAAGGGAGAGAUGCCACUGGCCUUAAAAACACCCCAGCAUUAA